CCGCGCCGUGAUUGGUGGGGAGCGGCUCCCCCCACCCUGCCCCCCGGCUCCCGCCCGCGCUGUCUGGUGCAUGGAGUAUUUCGGAGCGUUUCCCCCGGCGCGCCGGCCGCUCGGCUCCCGGCCCCGCGGGCGGGCGGGGGAAGGGGAGGAGGCGGAGGCGGCGCCGGCUGCCGCCGCUGCUCCUGGCGGCGCGGUCACAUCGCUGCUGUCUGUGGGAGCCGCACCAUGCACGGCUCGCCCUGCUCGGAGAUGGGAGAUGCGCCCGCGGUUGACAUUGCGGACAUCUAUGAGUCUAUCCGGGAAAGACAGCGUCAUGACAGUGAAAGGUCUACCUGCAGUACCUUAGAGAAGAAUGACAUUGAAGCCGUUGAAGCACUUGUUUGUAUGAGCUCCUGGGGUCAAAGAGCGCAGAAAGGUGACAUAUUAAAGAUAAGACCACUUACACCCUUCUCAGAUUCUGGUGAUUUCACAAUGCACACUGAAGCUACAUCUGAAUCACCAAAGGAUUAUUUAUCUACACUGUGUAUGACCCCUCCGCACAGCCCUGACUUCGUCGAGAUAUCAGCUGCUGUGCUUCUGCCCUCACAAGUCACUUAUUCCAAACCAAGGACUGUCAUGGCAAAUACAGCUGCCUGUUCAGUCACGUCUGCAAUCUGUGCAUCUCCCAUAACCAAGCCAUCAGUUAUAAACAUGGAGAGGCAGUGCAGUCAGAAGCCAGUGAUAUCUGAAUCCUUUGCCCCUCAGCCUUGCAGGGCCAUGGCGACAAGUGUGAUACGUCACACAGGUGACAGUUUUGCUUACCACCACAUUCCUGCUGUGCAAGAGAAGACAAAGGCAACUUCAGGCUACAGCAGUUCCGAAGAUUGGUGUGAAGCAGAUGACCGAAGACAUUCCAGACUGCCACAGGACACACGUGCUGCUGAUGGUUUAAUUAACAAAACCUCUCCAGUACCUCAACCUUAUGUGCAUGACUCUAGUGAUAUUGUGACCAAUAAAGGACAACUACCAGUCCAGCCUGUUUCACCACAGACUCGCUUACCAAAGAAUUGUGAGAACGACUUGCAAAAAAGAGCUACCUCAGGGACACCUGUCCCUGUUUCAAGCCCCCAAGUUCUCUGUCAAAUGAUCCCUUUAAAUGGACAAAGCAGUAUGAUUAAUGCCUAUGUCAAGCCUUCAGCUCCAACAGUUUCAACUCCAGUCAAACCAAUUUUACCACAGACAACUCCCCUUUCUCAGCCUGUACUCAUGGGACCUUCUGUGCCUCAGGGGACUGUUAUGUUGGUUCUUCCACAGACUGCUGUCACACAGACACCGCAGUGCCCACAAACAGUAAUGACUGUUGGGAGCACCAAGUUACUGCCCCUUGCUCCUGCCCCUGUGUUUAUAGCUUCUGGUCAAAGCUGUGCCCCUCAGAUGGACUUUUCUAGACGGAGGAAUUACGUUUGCAACUUUCCAGGGUGCAAGAAAACCUAUUUCAAAAGUUCCCACCUCAAAGCCCACCUUCGCACCCACACUGGAGAGAAGCCCUUCAGCUGCAACUGGGAAGGCUGUGACAAGAAGUUUGCCCGCUCAGAUGAACUGUCUCGCCAUCGUAGAACUCAUACAGGAGAGAAGAAGUUUGCUUGUCCUGUGUGUGAGCGUCGCUUUAUGCGUAGUGAUCACUUGACAAAACACACCCGCCGCCAUAUGACCACAAAGAAGAUCCCCAGCUGGCAGACGGAGGUUGGCAAACUGAACCGAAUUGCCACGGCAGAGAAAUCGAAAAGCAGCAAUGCUUUGAGUAUGCUCAUCCCCAUGCCAUCAUCUGUCUGUCAGGGCUAGUGUGAGAAAGUACCUUCUCACAAACCGAAAGUCAGUAACAGCUCUCACAGUUAAAACAACUGUCAGUGGCUCCCCCUCUUCCCCCCCAUUUGUGCAUACUUUAGUUUCCUUCAGUUUAGGUCUUCAGUUAAUAAUACUGUGUGAGAAAUCUCUCAUCUUUCCUCAAUCCCUUCCCUGUCUCUUUUUUCAAGAUUUGGGCAAAUGCAAUCACCAGCACUUCAGGAAAGCAGAACUCUUUGGAAAUUAUUUUGGCAAUAGGUUAAAGAUCACUUGUAAUGCUUGCUGUUAAUAUUUUGAUGGACAGUAAAACAGGGUGAUUUUUAAUUUUUAUACUAGUAUUUUCUAUACCAAAUAUAUUUUGUAUUUAUUCAUUUUGGUCUUGAUAUGUGGGCAAAUUACUGGCCUGCGUUACUAGGGGUGUGCAGGAUGAGACCCAGGGUUUUGGAAACUGCUUUUCAGUAAGCUCGAAGAAUCACAUCCAGAGCAUUUUAUAAGCAUGUGAUAUUUGAUACCUCUGGUUUUGGGGCGUUUUCACACUUUUAGAUCCUGAUCCUGCAAUGGGCUGGUGCUGUUAGACCCUCCUUGUGCAGAGGAUGUGGGAAGAUUGAGAUCUAAAAGUGUGUCACCUUUUAAAAACACAGAAUGACUUUUUCUUUUGGAAGUGUUAAAUCUUCAACAGUUUACUCUUUGCAAGUGGAAGCAUUGGUGGAAGUUUGGCAUACUGGGCAUUCCUGAGUCCGCACUCCACCUGAGCAAAGUUUGGAGGAGCCAAACUGCUCUGAUGGAUGUAGAAGCACAAAUACUCAUUAGAAGCUUUGACACUAAGAAUUAUGCUUUCCUUUCAGUCCUACUAAACCAGCAUAUCAAAGUCUACUGAAAAAUGCAAAAACAGCAAGAUAACCCAUGAAUAAUUAGCUGGGUCUCUGUUUAUAUUAUUUUGAAUACAGGAGAAAUAGAAAAUUAAGUUUUUUUGUGUAUUGUGGAUGCUUAUGCACCUUAUAGGAAAUUGUUCAAGACUUCCAUUUAGCUGUAUCAAAAGCACCAGAAGCAGUACUAUUCUGUCUUGACCUAAGAAAUAGCCACCAUGUCAACCUGAUGAUGCUCUUCAUGUGGCCUUAUACUUCUCCACAGUACUUUGUAUACAAAAUCACCUUUUUCUAUUAAAUCAGAUAUUCUCCCUGUUGAAUGGAUUUUCUUUUACACCAAGUGUAAAUACACCUAAAAAGCAAAAUCACUGGCUGCAGGAGUGCUGUGUUGUAAUGGCAUAGUAUGAGUAAUAAAAUAAAAUACCCAUAUGCAAUCAGACUGCUCAGUUUCCAUGUUGCAGAUAGAUACAUAUGUGUAUCUAUAGCAAGCUGACAGUAGAGCUGUUGUGCUGUCAGGUACCAGGUGUUAAACAGUUCCUGUUAUUCUGCUGGGAGACAGCAUCAUGGUUGCCAGAACAGACAUUAAGAGCUCACCAGCUUAAUGAGGUGUUUCUGUAUAGUUAAUUCCUUCUGGACUCUUCCUACCUUCUCUCCUACACUGAAGCUCAGUUAGGCUGAGCACUGAUGAGAACUUUUUUUUUCCUGGAUAUGUAAAAUGUAGAUAACUAGGAAUGCACUGUCUAUUGCACCGCUUCAUUGUUCUGAAAGGCUAGUCUUGUUCCUCAGUGUGUGGGUAAAACAUUGUUCUCAUCGGAAUAGAUGCAGAUCUGCUGUUCUUAUCUUGCACUCCUCUGAAAUGAGCAGGGGCGUGUUUCAGCUGAAAACAAAUUAUGUCAUUAUAUUUACAGUUAAGGCUCUUGUUAUUAUUGGUAAUGAGUUUUCAAACUGUGCUAAAUUAGAGUACUGUGCUAAGUGUACUAAAGUUUGCGCCUGACCUUUAAAAUGUCCAGAUGUUGUUCACUUGAUACACAUUGUAAUCUGCUGACCAUAGUGUACGUAUUGGUGAGUGUGUGUGCAUAUGCAAACCCUGCUUUGUACUCUACAAAGGGCUUGGUUGAAACUCCUCUUUCUGGUAAAGUGAAUGCUUGGA